GGCUUGAUAGUGAAAAGGGGCGGGGCCACGAGGCGGAAGAGUCCCGCAAAAGGAGAGCCGAGGUGAAGGGAACUUCCUUUUCCGGCUGGGCCCGCGACGGAGUGAGGCGGCGGCGUGUGAGCUCCUCCGCGAUUCGGGAGCGCCGCCGUUAUGGCUUGUACUCGUCCUUUGAUAUCGGUGUACUCCGAAAAGGGGGAAGUGUCCGGUAAAAAUGUCACCAUGCCGGCUGUGUUCAAAGCCCCCAUUCGCCCAGAUAUUGUAAACUUUGUUCACACCAAUUUGCGGAAGAACAGCAGGCAGCCCUAUGCUGUCAGUGAACUAGCAGGGCACCAGACCAGUGCUGAAUCCUGGGGCACCGGCAGGGCUGUGGCUCGUAUCCCGAGGGUUCGCGGAGGUGGAACCCAUCGGUCUGGCCAGGGUGCCUUUGGCAAUAUGUGUCGUGGAGGCCGCAUGUUUGCCCCGACCAAGACUUGGCGACGCUGGCACCGUCGGGUGAACAUCACCCAGAAGCGCUAUGCCAUCUGCUCUGCUCUGGCGGCUUCGGCCCUUCCGGCGCUAGUGAUGUCUAAAGGCCAUCGCAUUGAGGAGAUCCCAGAACUUCCUCUGGUAGUUGAAGACAAAGUUGAGGGCUACAAAAAGACAAAGGAAGCUGUUCUGCUCCUCAAGAAGCUGAAAGCCUGGAACGAUAUCAAAAAGGUCUAUGCCUCCCAGCGUAUGCGCGCAGGCAAAGGGAAGAUGCGGAACCGCCGUCGCAUCCAGCGCAAGGGACCCUGCAUUAUCUUCAAUGAGGACAACGGGAUCAUAAAAGCUUUCAGGAACAUCCCAGGAAUUACUGUUCUCAAUGUCAACAAGCUGAACAUCUUGAGACUGGCUCCCGGCGGCCAUGUUGGGCGCUUCUGCAUUUGGACUGAAAGCGCUUUCCGCAAAUUGGAUGAAUUGUAUGGCACUUGGCGCAAGCCGGCCACCCUGAAGAGCAACUACAACUUGCCGAUGCACAAGAUGACCAACACUGAUCUUGGAAGGAUCCUGAAGAGUCAGGAGAUCCAGAAGGCCCUGCGUGCACCAAAGAAAAAGAUUCACCGCAGAGUUCUUAAGAAAAACCCACUGAAGAAUCUGAGAAUUAUGAUUAAGCUGAACCCAUAUGCCAAGACCACGCGGCGCAACACCAUUCUGCGCCACGCUAAAAAUCACAAACUCAAAGAAGAGAAAGCAGCGAAGGGGAAGGAAAAGGCUCAGGCUGCUGCCGCCGCCGCCGCUGCAAAAAAAGAAAGUGCGGCCUAAACCCGACAAUAAAAUAAGAGUUGGCGCUUGGCCUGCUUCAGUGCUGAAAAGGGCUGUACUGUGUAUGACAGUGAAUAAAAAACAAUUUACCCAGA